AUGUUCAUGGAGAGGCGUCGUUUGCACCCGCAGCCGACGAACUCGUUGAAAAACUACCCACGAGUGAUAGGUUUGAAUCUUCCCAACUCUCAGCUUCUGGGUUCAAUCCCUGCCAACCUUGGCAUGAUCGAACACCUUCAAAGUCUCGAUCUUUCCAACAAUUCCCUCAACAGGUCGCUCUUCAAUGCCACAGAGGUUCGGAUUUUUUAUUUGUCAUACAAGUUGAUCUUCGAAGAGAUGCCGGACAUGGUGUCGCAGCUGACCAACCUCCAGAGUCUCAACCUCUCCGUCAAUGCCUUGGCGGGAAAAUUGCCCACCAAUCUGUCUUCUCUGCACUCUCUAACGAUAAUUUCUUUGAAGGAUAAUUACUUCUCAGGCAGUCUUCUGAGUGGGUUCGAAUCCAUUUAG